AAAGAUAAUUCAUAGGACCCUUACCUAAUGACCUUGAUAACCCCGCUUGAAGAACGUUUAUAUAUACGUAGAUACUGUGCUUUUUCAUACUUAUUAUUAAGUCGUUCGCUGAAUUGUUUUUAAAGAGCUGCGACAGAAAACACCGACCGGACAAAAUAUAAUACCUGUUUGUGCAUAUUCAACAUAUAUUUUUAAAAAUGCAGAUUUUUAUCCUCAUGACGCUAAUUGCUCUAGGUGCAGAAGCUCAUUUUUGGAAUCUUUUCAAUCAUCCAUGGCAUCAAUGGAGAGCCCCACCAAGCCAAGUAUCUCCUGUUAAUAAUGAUUAUUAUCAAAAUAAAUUCUCUAGAUACCCCCAACAGAAUUAUCCGGAAAUGAAUUUUAAUAUAGACCAGUCUAUUACCAAUGCCGAAUGGAUCUGUAGGAAUCCAAACACAGGUGCCACGUUAAUAAUAGCACCAAAAGCAAAAGAUCAAACGACGGGACCAUCCGAUUUUUCUUUCCCUAAUUUUGUAGAAAAAAAAGAUAAGCAUAAUUUGAAUCAAGAAAAUACUAAUAUAAAACCAAAUAAUAUAAAGAAUAACGGAGGAGAAGGUUUCAUCGACAUAAGGCUCGCAUAAUAAUUUCUCAUGAGAGUUUCAUUGAAAAUUAUUCGAUCGUUUUUAAAUUCUAAACAUUUAUAUGUUUUUAUCUAAACGAUUAUCGAAAUGUAUAUAUAUUAUAAGAAGAUUGUAGAAAAAUAUCUUUGCUUUUAAAAUAAUUUGGGGGAGGAAUUUACAUUACAAAUAUAUUAAAUAAAAGUUAUCAA